AUGUUCGCACCACUUUUCCUGGUGCUCCUCCUUGUGCUGGGCCGCAUGGCCUUCGCCGAGCCAACCGUUGGCGCGGCACUGUUGGGAUGGCCUCCCGCGAGGCCAUUCAACUAUUACACCGAGAGACUUGCGCCUUGCGGAAGUCCUCUUGGGGCUGGGGAGAGAGUCGAGCUCCCCACAAAGAACGCUCAUGUCGCCUUCUUCGCCGAGCGAGACGUAGGUCUCAACCUGGCGAUCUCAUACUCUCAGGAUCCCACGUCUCAAGAUGACUUCGAGACCCUGAAGUACGCCCUCCCUCCCGGCCACAUCAACCUCGUCUCCGGCAUCACCUGCGUCAUCCUCGGCUCUCCAAUUUCCGGCGCCGUCCAUGGCCGCAACGCCACGCUGCAGUUCAAGUACCUGUCCAACUACGACUCUCCGGAAGAGUACAGGUACAGGUACUCCUGUGCGGACGUCACCUUCUCGGACACGGCGGACAGUUACAACGGGGACAUCUGCCGUAACAAGACGCGGCCCGUUGCCUACGACAGGUUGUACGGCCCGUUCCUAGGCCCCGAGGAUGAGGAGCACGACGAGGAGACGACGCCGCCGCCGCCGGACAGGGGCAACUAUGUCGAAGUUGAAGUGGAGAGGCCUCCCUUUCCCGGAUGGGCGAUUGCGCUGAUUGCUGUUGGAGCAAGUUUCUUUUGUUCAAUUGUUUAUCUUGUUAUUUACAGGGUUUGCAUUGUGCCGUGGAAGAAGCGCAAGCCUGUGCAGACGACAGGUCGGUGGGUUCCUCCUCCUGUUUGA